AAUGCCUGUCAGUUCUUGCGCGGCGAUUCGUGUGUGAGGAGUGGCGCAGCGGCGGAAGCUAAAGCUGCAGAAAUUUGACAAUAUUGAUAAUUUGGUGAAUUUUUGUUAAAGUGAUGCAAAUUUGCGGGGCCUCUACAUCGCUCUGAAUGAAGCUGUAACAUAAUUUGGAUACGAAUCCGAUUGGAGGCCGACCCCGACGGGUGAUGUGAGUGGGGCCGAUGGCUGGCGCCGCCCCGAUCUCGGACAGCUGCCGCCGCCUGCCGCCGCUGCUGCUCCUGCUGCUGCUGCUGCCGGCCGGUCGAGCCGCCGCAGUCGUCACCGCCGACACCCGCUGUAUCCGCCUGCUCAACUCGACCAACGAGAAUGGACACCGGCGCUCCAACGUGCUCGUCAAUGACACGUGCGGCUGCGACCGGCUCUCGCUGUUUGUGAUGCUAAACUCCAGCGGCAUGCCGAUCGACUGCGGCCAGAACGGCUCCUGGCACGACGCCAAACAGACGGCGCCGGUGUCGGACGGAGUGGCCGUCUUCCGCACCGUGGUGGCCGGCUGUUUUGAGGCGCGCUGCACGUGUGCGAACGGCAGCCACUGUCGCAAGUACUGGCACUUUGACGGGCUCGACUACUAUGACUACAACCUGGAGAUAUCGGCGGUGCAGCUGGCCGGCCGGCCGCCGCGGCUCGACGUGCACCUCAAGCCGGACAAAAAUGCCACGCAGUUCUACUUUCCGCGGCUAGAGGUGCGUCUGUACCGGUGUCCGGAGGAGCGGGACAAGGCUUGCGGACACCACCGCGUCGCCGGCCCGCUGGUGGCCGACGCCGCGCCCGACGUGCGUGUCGAGUUGAACGGCUCGCGGGAGCCUCUGACUCCCGGCCGGUACCGGCUCGAGGUGCUGCCGUCCGACUCGUGGGUCUGUCAGGGCAGCAACAAUGGCUGCAAGCGGAUCGUAUUGCCCGUGCGGCUCAGCGACACGCCGACAGACGCCGGCGCGGUGCUGCCCGCAGCCGGCGACGAUCGCAUGAAGGCACUGUACGCCGUGGUUGGCGUCACCCUGGCGGUCAUCGCCGCCGGCCUGGUGUUCGUCUGGCGAGAGUGCACCGCCGUGCGGCCCGGCCAACGCGCGCCGUUCUCGGCGAAGACGGCGGCGCCCAGCGGCGCGCAGGUGCUGCUCGUUCACCUGUGGGCCGGGCAGCGGCUGGCGCAGCUCAAAUCCGACCUGCGCGACGCCGGCCUACAAGUGAGCGAUUUCCAGGAGCGCAAGCUGGCCUCGCUGCUGCGCGCCGUGCCCGUGGCUGACGUGCUGACCUCCGAGCGGCUGCGACACGCCAAGAUCGUGUUCCUGUGCUCGGAGCGCGCGCUGCAGCUGGAGCAGGGCCCUGCCACCGCGCUGGGCGGCGGCGGCGCGGAGAAUGGCACCAGCACCACCGGCGGUGGGUUCUCGGCCUCCAGCCGUCUGGUCGGCCACGAGGCCACCUUCAGUGCAGUGCUGCACUGUGUGCGUAACAGCGCGCUGGCGCAGGACUACCGGCGCGUGUUUGUGGUGCUGCCGGAGGGCGGCGGUGGCGGCGAUGAGGCCAGCCCGGCCGCACUGGUGCCCGGCUGUCGGUUCCGAUGGCCCGCCGACGGGCCGGAGCUAAUUCGGCAGCUGGGUCUGUCUCCGACAGAGACCGACUGUGAUCAUCGGGUGGUGUGAAACCCGCCGCCGGUCAGAGCGUGCGGCCGGUGCUCAGAGCAAUGCGCGAAGUGCGGUAGUGCCGCGGUCAGCUAGCUUAGAAGCCGCCGGAGUGAGGGUUUGGUGAUAACGUUUGGUAAAGAGAUGACCGCGGCGGGGCAGAGGCCGGCCGCUCGCUGGCUGUGUGGUGCCGCCGCGAGCCGCUGUGCCGGGAGGACGGACGGAGGCGCGCGCUGCGAGACGCGCAGAUGUGAUACGGGCUGUCGGGCCACGCUGCUACGUGACACGGGUCGAUGGUGAGACGGGUCGCGCACUGAGGAUGGCCGUCCGCCGCCGCCGAGACGGAAACCGGCCGAGGAGCGACUGCUGCGGCAUGCUGUGUAUACCGCUGCUGCUGCCGCCGCCGCUGCUGCUGCUGCUGCUGCUGCUGUGGUCGUCGCCGCUGCUGUGGUCGUUGCCGCUGCUGUGGCUGUUGCCGCUGCUCCUUUGCAAUGUGUUCGUUCAAGGGAUGCUGAUUUCACAUUCUAAUCAGACCUCGAGCUUUAAUCUGUUCCUGACUGUAGAGUUUUAUCGGGCACACCUAUGUUUGUUUUGAGCUUAGAUUGAUAGGCAUUGUUGUGGUCUGCGCGCACCUGUGCUGUGGCCGGUCAUCUUCUGAAGCGGCCGGCUGUUUUAUGUACUUAGUGGUGAAGUGGUACCGAGCGAUAUUUUGCCAAUCUGCGCGGACCGAGCAAGAGGGUCACUGUUCCCGCGAGGCAUUGCUGUGUUCAGAGUUCGGGAUGCCUGCUGCACCACCCGGGUCCCCUGCCGACCGUCGGGCAGUCUAUUUUCUUCAGAGGGCAGCUACCGCCGGCUGCUAACGCGUUGUUUUGUGGUGUUACGGGCUGAUCCAUCCUUGCCGCUGUGAGAACCUGUACUGUGUUGGGCACUGUUGGUGUGCUGUGUGCUCCUGUGUGCGCUGUUGUGCCCGCCCCGCCGCCCUGUGUUGCGCACAGCCCGCGACGCGACGGGACCGGCCCGUCGCCCGCUCGUCAGUGUUUGUCAGUCAGUCUGUCGGUGUUUGGUUGUGCGGCCCGGCUGUGCUGUGCCGGCCCAGUGCCGUAUCGCUCGCUCGGACUGUUGUUGGUCGUGUUGUGUGCACCGGUCGGGGCGCCGCGCCUCCGGCCAGCCGCUGAGAUCUGAGCUGCGCUGUCGGAGGGACCGGCCGGACCGUCUCCGCGCCGAGCCAUGAGGGAGGAGGCACCGAUGCGCACCGCGUGGCGCCUCUCCCUCCCACGGCCGGCGCGGCGGCGCUCCGUCGUUUUUGCGUCUCCUAAUUCAGCUAAGCUGCUGGGAUUUCCAGUUGCGGAAACGUCCGUGCGCCUCUUUUCCUCUGAACGCGGACCGUUUUCCUAUAGGCGGCGUGUGGCCGCUGGCGCCGGAGGACGGUGCCGCGCGGCCGGCCGGGUCGCAGGGGUGUCCUCGUGGCCCAUCGGCGCGCACAGGGGGCUCCGACCAGCGACCUGAUACAGUCGGCACGUGUCCCCAGCGCGCUGGCCGGCGCGAGGGCCCCCUGCACCCGGUGACGCGCGUCAGAAGAGCAGGACAUAAUAUGGGUGUUGACGUUGGGGUGAUAUUGUUUCUACCUGAAAAUAUACCUACUCUGGUA